AUGUCGUUCGAGGUCGCAGCCACGAUCCCAGUCGUCUUUUGCACUGCAUACUACAGUCUAGUUGAUUUGGGUAAACUGCAAGCCGGCGAACGAGUCCUGAUCCAUGCCGGUGCUGGUGGCGUUGGUCAAGCCGCUAUCAUGGUGGCGCAGAUGAUUGGAGCAGAUAUAUUCGUCACAGUCGGAAGCCUUGAAAAGAAACAGUUCUUGAUGAGCCAGUACGGUAUCCCCGAGAAUCACGUCUUCUACAGCCGUGACUCCUCCUUUUCUGGGGGUAUUCGCAAAGCGACUCGCGAAGCUGGAGUGGACGUGGUUAUCAACUCUCUGGCGGGAGAUCUUCUGCGUGAGACUUGGGAAUGUCUUGCUCCAUUUGGUCGAUUUAUCGAGAUUGGAAAGGCUGAUAUUACGAAGAAUACCCGUCUUGAUAUGCAGCCUUUCGAGAACAACGUCACAUUCUCAUCAGUCGAUCUUACCAAGAUUGCCAAGUUCAAGCCGCAGCUGAUGCAGCGUUUGAUGGGUGACAUUUGUCGGUUGAUUAAAGAUGGAUCAGUGCACCCAAUCUUGCCACUUUCGAUCUAUCGGAUUUCUGAUAUUGAGAAAGCAUUCCGUACUCUGCAGACGGGUAAGAGUAUGGGUAAGAUUGUGGUUGUUCCUCAUGAAGGUGACCAAGUCCAGGCUGUAUCCCCUAAGACUAGCCUUACUCUUCGGUCUGAUGCUUCAUACAUAUUGAUUGGUGGUACUGGUGGUCUUGGCCGAAGCAUAGCGAAGUGGAUGUCCUCUAAGGGCGCAAGGCACAUUGUCCUUGUGUCUCGUCGGGCUGUGAUUAAUGACAAGGUUCAAGCUUUGAUCGAUAGCCUGACUCCUUUGGGGGUCAAGGUUCUCGUCAAGGCUUGCGAUGUCAGCAGUCGGCAAUCAGUCGAGGCUCUGAUCAAGGAAGAAAUGAAAGAUCUCCCUCCUGUGCGUGGUGUUAUCCACGGUUCGAUGGUGCUUCGGGAUAUGCUGUUCGAAAACAUGUCCCUUGAAGACUUCACGGCUGUGGUAUGCAACAAGGUAGAAGGAGCCUGGAACCUGCACAAUGCAUUGAUCGAUGCCCAACUGGACUUUUUCAUUGCCCUUUCGUCCGUGGCUGGUCUCGUUGGCAAUCGUGGACAAGCAGCAUACUCCGCAGCAAACGUGUUCCUAGAUGGAUUCAUAGAAUACCGAAAAUCCCUAGGUCUCCCUGGAACAUCCAUCGACCUUGCUGCAGUCAGCGAUGUCGGCUACCUUGCAGAUACUGACGCUCAGCGGCGCCAAGAAGUACUGAAAAAUAUCGGCGGCCAGACCAUCGAUGAAUCGGAGGUCCUGGCAUUGGUCGCUGCCGCACUCACGGGUGACCUCGACCGAUCCUGUUCUGGGCAAUGCAUCACAGGACUGGAAACGGAAACGAUAGAAAACAACUUCUGGAUCCAGGAUGCCAAGUUCACUGUGCUGUACGAGGCUGCCAAGGACAAGCUGGGAAGCAGCUCGCAGCGCGACGGCCCGUCGGUGCCCUUGCAAGUGACUUUGUCGGCUGCAUCAUCCAAAGAGGAGGCCUUGCAGGUGUGCUACGAGGCGCUGGCCGCCAAAUUAGCCCAAGUACUCGUUCUAUCCCCGGAGGAUAUGGAUCCAUCGAUCACAGUGGCUUCAUUGGGUCUUGACUCGCUGGUGGCUAUAGAGAUCCGUAACUGGAUUGCCCGUGAGGCCAACGCCAAUGUGCAGGUUUUGGAAUUAUUGUCCAGUGGCACUUUAACGGCUUUGGCGGAGAUUAUUGUGAACAAGUCUCAGGCCUACACUCGUACCGAGUAA